GCGCCGCUGAGACGGUUGUUAUUGUUUGUGUUAGGGAGCGAGCGUGUGCUUUACUAGCAGGCAAUAACACAGGGGGCCUAUUGGAGGAGGCUUGAGGCGCUAAGCCCUUGCUGACAAGUUUGGGGCAAAUGUGCAAACGAAAGUGGGGUUUUAAUGCCACGUGUGUCGCUUGUUGUGAGCUCAGAGUUUUAUUGUUGGACGCUGCGUGUGAGCAGACCUGUCUACAGAACCACGAGGAUGCGGUUUCAUCCUUUUAUUGUGACAGCAGCAGAGAGACGGACGAAUGUUUGCAGCAACUUGCUAGCGGCUAAGCUACCUAGCUUCCAGACAGGCCGUAGACCUACACGUCAAGUGGGAACUCAAGAACUACUCUAUGUAAGAUGAACACUGAGGACAAGCUGGAGGGUAUGCUGCUGAAGUGCAGCAGUGGAGGAAUAGAUGGAGGAGGGAGGGUCGGGCUGGUCAGCGGAGGUGGACUGGUGGUGAUGACUCUUGGGGAACGCUCGCUGGCAAACCACCCUCUGCUGGCCGAGGACGAUGACGACGAAGACGAAGAUGAGGACUUGACUGGGAGCUCGCUGGUUACACAUGACCUGGUCCCUCCGGAGCAGCUGAUGAUGCAGGAGGAGAUGACAAAGAAUGGUGGAGGAGGAGGAGGAGGAGGAGAAGAGGAGGGAGGAGGCGAGGUGGGAGUGCAUUUCCCCCUAAAACUCACCAAUAAGUUUCCCUGCUUGCUUCAUAUGCCAUUGAGCAUCAAGCAGGAACUGAAGCAGUCUGAGCCAUCGGCCCAGAUAAAGAAGGACAAAAAAGGAGUUAAGGACCUGAUGGUGUGUCCCAAGAAGAAAAAAAGGAAGCAGCGUUCACCAGCAAAGAUUCUCAGCAUCAAUGAUGAUGGAUCAUUGGGUAUACAAAACCCCAAGUGUCACGUCUGUGUGCACUGUAAUGCUGCAUUCAGAACCAACUACCAUCUACAGAGGCAUGUCUUCAUUCACACUGGUGAGAAGCCAUUUCAGUGCAGCCAGUGCGAUAUGCGCUUCAUUCAGAAAUAUCUUCUCCAGAGACACGAGAAAAUCCACACUGGUGAAAAGCCUUUUCGUUGUGAUGAGUGUGGGAUGAGGUUCAUCCAGAAGUACCACAUGGAGAGACACAAAAGGACUCACAGUGGAGAGAAGCCCUACCAAUGUGACUACUGUCACCAGUACUUCUCCAGAACAGACCGGGUUUUGAAGCACAGACGAAUGUGUCAUGAGAACAGAGAGAGAAAGGCCAACAAGGCAGCUGGUAAAGUUGGGCCUUUGCGCGAAGCAGAUUCUUUAGGCCUCCCCUUUCUCGCCAAAGAGUGCUCGCUGCCCAAGAAAAAGCGCCAAAAGUGUGCAGAUAAGAGUUCAGGCGCUUCCACUGCUCCCCAGACAGAAGGGCACACUGUCGCUGUCGUAGAAACGGAGGAGAAGGACGAGCAGAGACAGAAUAAAAUUGACGGUCUACCUCUCUAUGCUGUGUCCUCCAAAGUAAAACACGAGUAUGUGAUUGCAGGCUACUCUGUGGAACUUCCUGAAGAAACGGGUAGCCAACACCAAGAGGGAGAAGUGUCAACAGAAGACACAACUCCUCCAAAACUAGUUCUGAAGAAAGUCCCCAAGAGGAGUCUUAAACAGUCCAAUGAGCAGCCUCCCCCCUGCCUGUCCACUUUGUCUUCCUUUGAGGAAAAUACUAAGGUCACACAGUACACCUUUGAAAUCGUGGACAAGCAAGGCCUUUUAGACGUAGAAAGCAACACUGAACUCGAGUCAGUUGAAACUCUUCAAGGAGGACCAGCAAAGCCAGCAGCCAGCAGCACAAACUACGACGACGCCAUGCAGUUUCUCAAGAAGAAGCGUUAUCUUCAGGCAGCAAUGGCCAACAACACUCGGGAUUACAACCUGAACACGAGCAGCAUUUCUUCUCAGCCGCCUGUUACACAAACUGUGGUGUCAACUGUCAUCGACGAGACUGUCCCCGCCACCAUCCUAGAGCCCCAGCCCAUCAACGCGGAAAUUAAAGCGUCACAUGACAAGAAUGUGCUGCCAGACGAGGUUCUUCAGACACUGUUGGAUCACUACUCCAACAAAGCCAACGGGCAAUCAGACAUUUCCUUCAGUGUGGCUGACACAGAGGUGACGUCAAGCAUAUCUAUUAAUUCCUCUGAUGUUUCAGACAGCAGCCCGGUGGAGAGUAUGGGAGCCUCUAGUGCCCAGGCUCAGCCAGCUACUGAGAAGGUCAGCCUCUUGCAAGAGUACUCCAAGUUUCUCCAGCAAGCACUGGAGAGGACCAGCCAGAACGACAGCUACCUGACCAGUCAAAGCCUCAGCUUGGUCUCCGAAAACCCCACCUUAGCUGGACAACCUCUGUUCUCCACCGAGAAACAGUUUCCUUCCCCCAGCAGGUUCAAAUCAGGGAUGAGCUCUCCGCUAAGGUCCACUUUAGAGAAACCUCACUUUGGAUUACUGGUCGGGGACUCCCAGCACUCAUUUUCAUUUUCAGGUGAUGAGACCACCCCUCCCUCCGCAGUGUCCCCAGCUGAGGAGGACUUUCUGGAGCAGGUCUCGCCCUCCAAAAAGACAGACUCUUCACAAGGCAUACUGCAGACUUUUCAGAUAAGCUCCUUCGAUCAGAACUUCAAAUCUCAUUUCCAGGCAUCGAGAUCUGGAUCCUCGUCACAGUUUACUGUUGCCAAUGGACAAUUAAGUCUCCGAGGACACAGCACAGACUUCUCAGAGUUCCCUUUAGUCAGAGUCACUGAGACCAGGUCUCAAUUGAACUCCUCCCCUGAUGUUUCAUCCAGUGAAACCUUUGGCUGAAGGAGUCUGGGGGAGGGUGUAUUCAUUUCUGUUUAUAAUUUCAGCAGCACUUUAUCUCAUGUCUCCUGUUUUGCCAAAACAAGUCCCAUUGCAACUAUGUGCUCUUUCUCAAAACAUUUUGUUUAAAAAAACAUACUAAUGUUUUGGGGUUUUUUUUCUGUUUUUUUUUAUUUUUUAAGUGCAACCUCAUAGAACGGGAAUACUGAAAACGUAUCAAUCAUAAUUAGCAUUUCCCCUUUAAAAAAAAAAACAAACUGUAUUUGUUAUUAGUAUAUUUCUUGCUCUAGAAUGUACAUUUGAGAGAUUAAGCGACCAAAGUGUAAUGCAAGAGAGAGUGAAAUAUUCUUUCAUACCUUUGCCGUAAAGUUUAUGUUUUGUCAAUCAACACUCGCUCUCGCUGCUUAAAGCAACAUUUCCACUUAUUAAAAUAUAGGCCCCUAUUUAUUUAUAUAUAUAUAUAUAUAUAUAUAAAAUAUAUGCCUUUUUGCUCUUACUGCAUCUACCUCCCCUCGCUGUCUAUCUGGUUAAAUUAAAGUUCACUCCUUUUUAUUCCAGCUGAAAACGACACCAUGAUUAGGUCAUAAUUGAUUCUUCACUUUAUGUUGAAGUCACUUUACUGUCACCUGAAAUGGGUGUUUCUACAUGAUCUGUGUAAUGAAUGCUACAGGAAAGAUUGAACCGAUUGUGUUUUUCUGAUAUGGAAUCUAGUUUAUUUUCCAUUGACAGAUUGGGCCUAAUUUGGUUGGUGAAAAAAAAAAAAAAAAAAAGAAAUUCUAAUUUAUAAAUUGUAUUACAUUGUGUGGAAUAAUGUAUUCCCUUUGAAUCUCUUGGCACUGUUUUUGUACAAAUGUGACUCUAGUGCAUGGUAGGCUGUGUAAUAAAAAGGCUGGGCUCUAUUAGAUUUAAAGUUUUAAUAGUCCCCCCCCCCCCAAAAAAAAAAGAUUUGGGUAUCAAAUAGCUGCACGCAUGUAAUGGUUGCAGGAUAAUUCUUAUUCUCCUUCAGAGGUAUUGGUGAGUUGUAGUGAAAUUACUUAAGAAGAUUGUGCUUCAUUUCUGCACAAUUUGCACAUUUUCACUACAGGGAAUGUAGUAUGUACUUUCACAGUGGAGGAAUUGCAUAAUACCUUCACUUAAAAAGGCAACUUUUUGUCAAAUCAGAUUUCUGAGACUGACCCUCGCGUAAGAUUUAGUUCAUGUGAAACUACAGAUAAUGCUCUUGGCUUUCGUCACUUAUGAUGUAGCUCCUGUAGCUGCAGUUUUACAGUACUCUGAUUGUUCUUCUUGGAAGAUGCACAGGUUUUGGGGAAACAACAAUGUGAUUAGACCCCCUUGUAUUGAUUGAAAGUCAUAGUUUGAUUAAGGCUAUAUUAUGAAAGAUAGUACAUGUGGAAAUGAGGUGCUUGGUUUUCCAGUUUUAUUAGUUUUGCAUCUGUGCCUUUUUCUUUUUUCUUUUACUCAUUCCUGUAUAUGUAUAUGUAUUUCUUUUUUCUCAGUCAGCGCUCUAAGGCUACUAAUUCCACUUGCACAAUAAUAACAAAACACAUAAGCUAUCAACCUAUUCAGUCUGUAAUACGUUGAGAUCUGGGAGCUUUAUUUAAUUUUUCGCCCAUUUUAUUUAGAAUUGUAUCAAGAAAUAGCACCAAGUUUAAGAAGGAAAUGGUAUUUUCAUUGACUGCUGCAAUAUAUGUAUAUGAGUACAGAAUCAUGUUCCAGAUAUCUGUAGUUUUGAUAACUAUCACCUACUUGCUAGAAUUCAUUAGUAAGCCACAUCUGUCCAGGCCUUGUUGAAGAAAAUGCAAUUGAGUGAGGUCUCCUCUCUGCUUCAUCACUUGUUUUCCGUGUGUACAUGUAUGUGUGAUGUCUUAGGUGCUAUUGUGUAAAACACUGUUUUUAUAUGCGCCAUCAAAUUAGGUUUGAAAAUUGAUGUUAAACUCCCUCUUGUUACAACUCUACUGACAAUCAGGGACAGACGGCACCCACGUUAAUCAUCGAACACUUUAUUUUUCUUCAUUGAUCAUUCCCACUAGAAUUUAUAGAGAAUAUUCUGCUGUAAAUACAUUGUAUAUUUUUAUGUUCUGAGAAGUACUGUUAGAUCUUUUGUGUCUAUAGAGUGACAAGUCUUGUGCAAGAGACACUUUUUGUCAGUGGAAGGCACAUUAAUUCGUUUUCCAGCAUUACUUACAUUCAACAACGAAUCAUUUCACUUGCUGACACGAUGUGGCUUUCUGAGGUGUGUAUGUGUAUAUACAGUAUAUCUCAACACUGUUAUCAGAGGUUUUUCUUUUUGUAAGUUAAUGCAGUUGAUUGUGCAUUAUGAUGGGAUUUACUGUAUACAACUGUUGGUAAUGAAAAGCCCCUUCCCCUAGAAAAUGUUUAUUUGGUUUUAAUGUAAUAAUCCACCUGAAAUCUUUUGUUUUCUUUUUUUUUUUUUAAUCAAAUAUUUAACCUUAACAGCUGAAUUCAUGUCAGUUAAAAUAGAUUUUGGGUGGAGUAUAGUUCAAAAAUAAGUUUUGUGGUUGAAAUAAUCCACUAGCUACUCAUUUCAUUGUAAGCAAUUAUUGAAAGCACAGUGCAGAUGAGUGAUUCUGCUUUGGUAAAUUGUAUCCCAUUAAUUAUAUGAGCAGUACCAUGGUAUUUUUUUUCUCCUUUUUAAUUAACUCUUGUCAGUAACCUGGCCAUAAGUGUCCUUGUAUAAGCUACAGAAAAAAAUAUUUGUUUUGUGUAAAAAGAUCUGAAUUACGAAUUUUUUGAUAAAAACUAUUUUUGAAACAUGUCAUUUAUGGCACUGAUAUGUACAGUAUAUCAUAUGCAGUCACUAUUGCUACCUUCAUUUAUCUCCGUACAAGUCGUUUGUGUCAAGAUCUUUGAAAUGCAGAUGAGAAUCUCCUCCUAGAGUCCAAGCUUUGACUUUUUUCUUACUUUUAAAAAGAACUUGACGAGGAGGCCCUACUGCUUCACUGUAAGGUUGAUCUCAAGUUAGACAGUAAGGUUCAUUUGCAUGGUCUCUAACUUGUUGGGUUGAGUGAACUCGUUUUAUGAAUAAUGUGCAGCUUUAAUUGUAGCUGAUUAAUUUCAGUCAAGUAACCCAAUAUGAUUAGAUUUUUGCAAUAUAUUAUGAUUUGUAAACAAUCUGAUUAAAUUGUUGUUUUGAUUGUUGUGUGUCAUGUCCUUAUAAAUAAAAUAAUUCACAGUA